CCUUCUUCUUCCUCCGCCUCGGGGAGCCAUUAUUGUCAUUUGUUUACAGAAACAACUCUUCCUCUCAGCGUCUCUCUCCCUGAGAAAAGCUCACUCUUCGCCGGCCGGAGCUGCAAGUGACGAAACGCAGCGCACCUUUUCACCCAAAUGAAGCUCAGGCAAUGGCGCUGAUGGCUUCCACGAAGAAACACAGCCUCUCGAGGGCCCUGUCAUCGUUCCUGAGAUUCCGUUCGUCACCUGGGAAUGAGAUCGCUAGCAAGCCGCCGUGUGGGGCUCGAUACUCCUCCACCGCCGCGUCCGCCGCCCCCGCAGCGGCUCCAGCCACGACGGAGCCGAGAGGGAUGGGGGCGGUGGAGAUUUUCGGACUGAAGGACUACGAAGACUACCGGAGGUCUCUGUACGGAGGGAUCACACACAAGGCUCUGCUGGUUGACGCCGUUGGUACUCUCGUUGUGCCUUCUCAGCCCAUGGCUCAGAUAUACAGGCAGAUUGGAGAGAAGUAUGGUGUGGAGUACUCAGAGGAUGAAAUACUGAACCGAUACAGACGGGCUUAUGAGCAACCUUGGGGCAGAUCUCGUCUCAGAUAUGUUAAUGAUGGGAGACCCUUUUGGCAGUUCAUAGUUAGCUCUUCCACUGGCUGUUCCGAUUCUCAGUACUUUGAGGAGCUCUACAACUAUUAUAUGACUGACAAGGCCUGGCACCUCUGUGACCCUGAUGCUGAGAAAGUCUUUAAAGCUUUGAAGAGGGCAGGGGUGAAAAUAGCUGUUGUGUCUAACUUCGACACUCGCUUGAGACCUGUCUUGCGGGCUUUAAACUGCGAUCACUGGUUUGAUGCUGUGGCUGUCUCAGCCGAGGUGGAAGCAGAGAAGCCAAAUCCAACGAUAUUUCUGAAAGCAUGUGAACUGCUAGAUGUAAAGCCCGAGGACGCGGUCCAUGUGGGAGAUGAUCGUAGGAAUGAUAUAUGGGGCGCAAGAGAUGCAGGUUGCGAUGCUUGGCUGUGGGGAAGCGAUGUUCAUUCCUUUAAAGAGGUUGCUAACAGGAUCGGAGUCCGGGUGUGAAAGCAAUUCCCUUGUUGUCGCGACUCAGGCUCUUGAGGGCGGCUCCGUUGCCCCUUUCAUCAUUUUCCUUUUCGACGUACAGUUUCCUUUCCUCAAGUAGCGAUGCUGUAGAUUCUGCUCUGCUCUCUUUCUGUUUCUUUUCCUAGUCUUGCUCUUCAAAGAGAAGUCUGCCGUUGCUGUUUUGCAAAGACAGUUUUGUCUUCUAUCUAUAGUUAGAUCGCACGCUCUCGCAGCUGAGCUUUUAAGUUUUUUUUUCUUUACCAUUUGUUUUUUGUGUCCUACUUGCCUACCACCAGUAUCAUGUUUCACCAUUUUAUCCGA